AUGGACGAAUUCAGCGAAGAACAGAUGCUGUCGCUUGUUGCACAGAUUCAAGAUUGGCAGUGCUUUCCAACGCCUUUGCCUCGCGCAAAGUUCCAACAGGCGCUAAGGAUCCAAGAAAUCUACAAUCUACUUUACUGCUCAAUCGCCGAGGAUGAGCAGUGGAUCCACGAUGCAAUUCAAGACAUCAUCCCCGUCGAGCCCCUCGCGGCGGCACUCUGGAGUAUUUAUGAAGCGGCUAAAGAAACCGGAUAUCUCCAGAAUAUUUCCGCAGGGAUCUUCCGCUCAGAUUAUAUGCUCCAUCUGAACAAUGGAAUUGAACCUCGGGUCCCGGGCGCUAUAUUUGAAACGAGCCUGAAACAGGUCGAAAUGAACACGUUCUCCGCGUCGGGUGGCUCUCAUGCAAACAAGGUCGGAAACAUGCAUCGGUAUCUGGCCCGAACGGGAUUAUACAACGUCAACGACGCGUCUGUGGACUUCUCAUCGCUCCCAGUUAAUAAAAACAUCGAGUCAAUCGUCUCCUGCCUGGCUUUGGCUCACAGCACCUAUGGUGGACCAAGGAGUCAAGAAGCGAAACAGACAGCAGUUUUGAUGAUCGUGCAGCCGCAUAAUAAUAUUCACUCUGGAACCGAGAAGAUCCAGUGCCAACCUAUCGACUCGAAUUUGGCCCCGAUGUUCUUGAGCACACCUGGCUCACAGAAAACCGAGAAUUACUCUUCCACCCCCGUGGCUCGCAUCGACAACACCAUUGCGUACCUGCGUGCUGGGUAUGAAGCGAAGGAAUACAAUCACGCCGGCUGGGAGGCACGGUUGCAGCUCGAGAACUCCGCGGCAAUCAAAUGCCCAUCUCUCCUCGCCCAUAUCGCAACGUUCAAGAAGGUACAACAAGCACUCACCGCACCCGGAGCCCUAGAAAGAUUCCUCUCGGAAUCGGACGCAGCCACCAUUCGGGAGACCUUCGUGCCGGUAUAUCCAUUAGACGAAUCCGAGCAAGGUCUCAUCGCACGAGCUCUGGCAUUCGAUCCCAUCAAAUCAGCCAACUACAUCCUGAAGCCCUCUUUAGAAGGCGGAGGAAAUAAUGUGUACGGAACCAAAAUCCCAGACUAUCUCGCGGCGAUCCCUCAAACACAAUGGUGCUCAUAUAUCCUAAUGGAGCGCAUCCAACCGCCGGUCCAAUCCAACCUUCUCAUGGGACCCGCGGCUCUAGACAGUGGGGAGACGGUCUCCGAGCUAGGAAUCUUAGGGUGCUGUCUGUGGCAAUCGCAAUGGGACACGACGUCCGCCCGUCGGUGCGAAAUGCUCCACAAUACGGUAGGUGGUUGGACCUUCAAGACUAAAUUUGCCGAUGUCGACGAAAUGAGUGUGGUCAAAGGCUAUGGACACUUUGAUACGCCGCGAUUGAUGGAUGUGUGA